AUUUUAUCCAUUCGAUCGCCGACCGCCGUGCCGCGCGUACGUCCGCCAUGUUUUAUUUAAUAGUGUUGUUAUUUUCAAGUGCGUACGCGCAGACCAUAGUGAAUACUACGCAGGGCGAGGUGCAAGGUGCACAGGCGACUGACGGGAACUAUUCAGUGUUUUAUGGAGUGCAUUAUGCCGGUUCGACGUCGGGGGCUAAUCGGUUCAAGGCACCGCCUCCACCAGCAACAUACCCUGGCGUCUUCCAUGCCAUCGACAGGACAGUCAUAUGCGCCCAUCCCACCCCUCGAGGAAUCGUAGGCGUAGAGGAUUGUCUGGUCCUCAACAUCCAUACAAAGAACGUCACCACGCCCAAACCAGUCAUGGUCAUACUACUCGGAGAUGAGUACUCUUCUAUCGACAUCAAGCAGUACUCUUAUAGAAGACUCGUUGAAUCUGACGUGGUUGUGGUGACCAUGAAUUACAGAUUGUCUAUCUUUGGAUUCUUAUGCUUGGGUGUACCUGAAGCACCAGGCAAUGCAGGAUUAAAGGAUGUCGUGCAAGGAUUACGAUGGAUACGGGAUAAUAUUGCAGGAUUCGGCGGUGAUCCUAACAAUGUGCUUCUAUUUGGACAUGGUUCGGGAGCGGCUAUGGUAGAUCUGAUCACACUAUCUCCGUUAGCAACCAAUUUAGUUCAUAAAGCUAUAACGCAGAGUGGUUCUGCUUUAGCACCAUGGGCUAUUGCUUACGAACCUCUAAAAUAUGCUCAAAUUUUUGCAGAACAGCUCAGUUACACAGGGGAGACUCCAGGGGGACUGGCUAGCAAAAUAGUCACAACCGAUGUAUCCCUCCUGGCUCCAGCAUUACAGAGCCUUAGUUUCCUGAACAACUCCGUCCUUUUCGCUCCAUGCAUUGAAAACAAAGCUCUCAACGAUACUUUCCUCACUGAAGCUCCCAUUGACUUAUUAAGAUCUGGCAACUACAGCCAUAUUCCUUUUAUAGCCGGAUACACGGACAGAGAAGGCACGAUCAGAGCAGCCGAAGCGGUUAAUGAGGGAUGGCUUGAAAGAAUGCAAACGAAUUUCACAGACUUCAUCCAGGUAGAUUUAGGAUUCAAUGCAACAACCAACAAAACCGUUGUAGCUAACAAUAUAAGAACGUUCUACUGGGAUAACAGAGCAGUGAAUAUGGAAACUAUAACAGAUUUCUUGAACUAUCAUGGAGAUACGGCAGUGGUUGUGUCUGUGAUAAGAGGAGCCAGGGAAAGAGCGUUAACCUCAAGAGCUGCCGUGCGACUCUUGGAGUUCACAUACAGAGGCACGAGGAAUUCCGAUUGGAUCUACCAUCAGAUCCCGAUCGACGGAGUCUGGCACGGCGCUGUUCUCAACUACCUGUUCGAUUACGACCUUAAGCCGGAGGAUGAGAACGCCAGGUUAUCUCUAGUCAGGCGCUUCGUGUCCUUCGCUAACACCGGGGAGCCGACCAACGACCAAGUGACGUGGCUACCAGUAACCGCCAGUGCCUUUAACUACCUCUACUACGCCGGCGACUCUUCGACUGCCCUCGUCACCCUCCAAGAAUCCGGCCGAGUCAACCCCCACUCCGGCCGUAUGACCUUCUGGGACAGUCUGUAUGACGCGUAUUACGUGCGUCCACCUCCGGUGUCUUCGGCGGAUAAGAUAGUUGGCUUCGCUUUCGUGUUAGCGUUGGCGCAAAUUGUACUUGCUCAUUUAUAAAUGUUAGGAUUUUUUAAACUUAUUCGUGUCUUAUUGAAUAUUAGGGCCAUUAGGGGCCAUUUACGGUAACCACAAUUGUCACACUGAUCAGCGUUACUCAGCCCGUGACUCAGAUGACUAUGGAACUUUCCAUGCAAUCAAAUUUAACUAACGUUUUGGUGCAAAACUUAUUUACCGUCAAUAUACUAACAUAACGUGAGUCGGAUAUUAUCCUGCAGUUCUUUAGUAAAUUGACUACUUUAACUAAUAGAUCUUAAUAAGAUUGCCCUUUGAACUUAGGACAGACAAGCGAUUCAUGUAUCUUCAUCGAAAUGAUUGCGCAAGAGCUGUUUAAAUAGGUUAUUUUAAUUUAAGAAGUAUUUUCAAACAUUUUUUCCCCAGAAAGAGACAUACUUAGGCAGACGCGAUUUUUCAGAACUCGUAGGCAUUUUUAUCUGUAAGUAUUAAUAAUAACUAUAGUGACGCACCAGGUGCCUCAGAAGUCAUGAGUGGGUUAAGCUGCGACAAACAGAGUAAUAUGUUCAACCAUUUCUUAUGGAUGUAAUAUUACUGUAUCUUCUAAUAGUUGUAUCAAUGUAUAACCUAUGGUUCAAGUUCAAACGUGCGCAAAUUAUAUUAUAAAACAGUGGACCUUUAUAAAAUUCAAUUAACCUAAUAUUUGUAUUUUAAGCCAGUGAAAAUAUUUUAAUUUUUUAUUAUAUUUGGACAUGAAAGUGCCAUAAAGUUAAUGCAGAAAUAUUAAAUUAAGUAGGUACUUCUAAAAUUUUAAUUCUACAGAUUUUAUUUAUGACUAUGACAAUAUGAACACCAUUUAGAGAAUCGAAACUUGUAACAAACUAUACUUGUUCUGUGUUAAAAAUGCAUAAUUUUUUUUUUCAUUUUUGUAUCACUACCAGACUAAGAGUGCGCAUUUUCAUAAUUAUGCAUUUAUUAAAUCGUUAAUUACUUAACUUUAUUAUACCUAAUGACAUACUUAUGAUUGUUAACUAGACAUAGGCUUAAUAAAAUAGUUAAAUAACAUUUGUUAGUUUAUUCUAAUGAAUGCAAAAUAACGCUAUUUUUGUGAUUAUUCGUCCUUUUUAGCAUUUGACAAAGACGUAUGAUUGUUGUGAUAUACAAUAAGCAUACGUUUACAUACUUUCAUUUAAUUAAGCAUACAGUUACAAAUUAUCUAGUUCAUAAGAAUUAUUUACCUACUUUUAGUGGAUAAGAAUAAGAUGAUGAUUUAUUUAAGUACUAGUUAGGUUUCCUUUGAAGAUUUAAGGUAUGAUUUUAAAGAGCUUAUAUAGCUUAUAUUAUGAUUGAACUUUUCUUAUGAUUACUAACACGCUAUGUGAAAACAAUUCUAAAUGGUGGUCAUGACGAUUAUUUUCGUAAAUGAUCUACUUUUCUAUUUAGUACAUUAUUUUAAUGGUAUUACUUUCUACAUCUUGCAUAUUACUUAAAUGCAUGGUCUAGCCAACUACGAGUAUUAUUGUCAUUAAAUAAAUGCUGUAAAUUCGAUAAAUCUAGGUGCGUGUACGAAUACCGAACCUAUACGAAUUCGCGACUUUUUAAUGUCAGAAAUGUUCGCUAGGCCAUGUUACAGUUUUUGCAUAUUGAUUGCGAGAGUACAGUACAGCUAUAAAUAUCUACACUGCGGUGGAAACUAAAAAUGUGUUAAACCUUGACAACAGAGUAAUUAUAAGCAAGUUAUUUGUUCAACUAGUACUACUUACGUCCGAUAUAAUUGAUGAUAACUGUACACGCCGACCGAUAGGUAGAUUCCUAAGACAUUUUCAGUAUUUUGUAACGAGUGUGCUUAUUAUGUUCUAAUGAAUACAGUCAUUACAUUUU